UUUUGGCUUCGAAUAUCAUUGGUUUAAUACACUAUAUUAAUAUAUACUAAUCAUUUGACAUCAUUAUAAAACACAAAUGGCCAUACAUUCUUCGUCAAAGUAGCAAUAAACAUUAAGGCAAAGGAAGAAUGAAGUCUGUUUCCAUAUUCCUUGUUCUGUUCGUCUUCUUUGUCGUCGUUUUUGAGGCACCAGAGAAGAUUGAAGCCGGUGACAAGUUCAAAUGCGUGGUUGAGUACGGCGGAGACGUGGGUCCCACGUUCUGUAACCCUAAAUUCUUCCCAACGCUGUGCCGUCAAAACUGCCGGAGCUUCAAAGGUGCGAAAGGUGGUAAAUGCGUGAAGCAACCCAAACACAAACCUAUCAAAUGCUUUUGCGAUUACUGCAAAGAUGACUAAACUUUACAAGAAACGCAACAAACCGCCCCCUUCUCGCCGUAUAGACGUUUUUAGUUCCAUAUAUAUUUAUAGAUGUUCCCUUGAAAUAAGGUCCCAAUAUUGUCAUGCAUGUAUGGAGUAUUGUCGGCAUAUAUAAUAUGUUAUCCUUUCAUAUGUAUUAGACUGUUAUGUAUAGAAAUAAUUAAUAAAUUAUAACAAUGCCCCCUGUUAAUGUAA